UCGCUCUCUCUCUUUGCCUCAGUGCUGCAUUGGUUGCUUUGUGAACAGGCCUGUGAUCCCGUCCCCUGCAAGCCAGCCAGCCAUAGCUGCAGGUGAGAGAUGGACUGCUUGGGAGAGCCCCAGAAGAAAAUCUUCAAAGCACGAAAGACAAUGAGGAACAGCGACCGGCAGCAGCUUGAGUCCGUCCACAAAGCCAGGGCCGAGCUCCUGAAACCAGGGGGGGGAGGAGGAGGGGAGCAGGGAGCCCGGGAGAGACCCGACACCCCCCUCCUCAACGGCCAGCACUCCCCUCUAGAGAACAGAGCCUCUCCUCCUCCCCCCUCUCCCACGCCCCCCUCCUCCCCUUCCCCACCUCCUCCCAGCUCCACACCGCAGCCCCCCGGCCCGGAGCAGGGGGGGGGUGUGGCCGCCGGACCCCCCAGGACAGAGGAGGAGAUCUAUGAGGAUAUUUCCGAGCCCAGUCCAGCAGAGGCGGGUCCCAGCGAAGCGGGUGACUCCCUCACAGACACACAGACUCCUGGACAGACAGACGGACAGCUCUCUGUAGAGAUGGACACACAGCCCUUUGCAGAGACAGACGGACAGCACUCUGUAGAGACGGACACGCACAGCCCUGGACAGACAGAUGGACUUCCCUCUGUAGAGACAGACGCACAGACAGACGGACAGCCCCCUGUAGAGACGGACGCACAGAGCCCAGGACAGACAGACAGACAGCAGCCCUCUGUUGAGAUGGAUGGAGAGGCCCCUGCAGAGACAGGCGGACAGUCCUGCACAGCGACAAACAUGGAGGAGGAGAGAGAGGAGGAGGAGGGAGCGGACGGAGGUGUGGGGGACCCAGGAGAGGUGGAGGAAGGGAAGGAGAGGCCCAGGACCCUCCCUGACAGCACACCCGCCUGCCCCCCCGCGGAGAUAGAGGGGAGCCCUCCCCUCCUCACACCCAGAGAGGAGAGCAGGGGGCAGACAGUCAGCAGCAUGGAGAUCGACCUUCCAUCCCGGGCUCCACCUUCUCCAACUCCUGGGACCCCCCCAGAAGAGGCACCCUCCUCCCGCCCUGACUCCCCUCACCCCCCUGCCCAGCCUGGCAGCCCCAAACCCGGGGAGGGGCCUGAGAGAUCAGCCAGUCCCUUAAAAACCAGCCCAGAGGGGCCGGCCUCGCCCAGCGAAACCACAUCAUCCCGAUGGGAGAGAGGGAUAACGGGGCCGGGGAGGCAGGGCUCCUCCCCCAGCCCCGCCCCCUCCCGGCACGACAGCUGUGACCUCAUACCCAGGGAAGGCUUCCUGGUGUUGAGCGAGGAAGAGGAGGGAGGCGGGGAGAGAGAAAGGGUCGAGGAUAACGAGGCCGCGGCUUUGGCACCCCCUGGUGGCGAUCCGGAGGGAACUGCAGCCGGUUCCUGGAGCGACGCAGAGCGGGAGAGAGGAGGAGAGAUCCAAAUUGAAGAAGAUGACCCAACAAAGUUCUGGAGAGGACGGAUAUCCUCUGUCUCCUCUCUCCCUCCAGUGGAAGUGGACACCUCUCCCCUCCUCCAGCCUCCCUCCUCUCUCUUCCUUGCCCAGCGGAAGCGUUUGCUGUCGGGGGGCAACGCUCACUCCUACCCGUCCCCCUGGGAGCACAAGAGACCGCGGAGAGGUGUGGAGGGAGGGGACCAGCUGGAGGCGGAGCUGGAGCUGAAAAUCACCACGGGCAGAGAGGGGCUGCAACACAAACUCAAACGGAUCAUACAGAGGAUUCUGGAGGAGAAAGUUCAAGCUUUGCAGUGCGGAGAGUUCGACAAAACAGUGAAGCAGCUGAGAGAGAGAGUGGAGAGAAUCGAGUGCCACACGAAACACGAGACACUACUGACCACACUGCAGGCUAAAAUCUCUCGUCUCUCGAAGAGGUUUGGAGCCGCCAACAAAGCCAGAGACGAGGAGAAGAAAGCACAGGAGCUCUCUGUUGUUGCUGCAGCUGCUGCCCCCCCCACCACUACCACCUAUCGGUCUCCUCAGACAGUUCUUCUCGUCAGGGCUACCAGCAGUAAAAACGCCACCGUGAACGAUGUGCUCACCUACGCCAGCAAGAACAUUUCUGUGAGGAAGAUGCUGGAAACGAAACGCACGGAUAUACAAAGUUUCAAACCCCUCGCCAUGGCGACCACGGCUCCCUCCCCCUCGGCGCCUGGCGCCGUGGUGACGCCCCUCCUCCAGGCCGCCGCCCCCGGCACCCAAUUGGGCAGCAUGGGGGCCGUGAGCCUGAACCUGAGCCAGGCCCCUCCCCUCGCCGCUGGUAACCUAGCGACGGCCAACCAGACGACAGCCACAACUUUCUCCUUGCCCUUCAUAUUCCACGUGCCCGUGGCCGUCUCCUCUUCUUCCUCCUCCUCGCCCGCCCAGACUCAGCUGAUCACUGCUGGGGCAGGGAGAGGCCAGAGCGCCCCCCCUUCCUCCUCCUCCUCCUCCUGCUCUUCCUCAGUUGCUUACUCUGCUUCCACCAGUAGCUUUGAGCUCCCCCCAGUACCUGCCUCUUCGUUCCCAGUGGCUGCCCCCCAGUCCAAACUCCAGCCUGCCGUCUCCCCGGCCAAAACCUUCGCCCCGAGUCCUCUGGGACCCACCAGGGCCACGCAGGGGUCCCUGGCUCAGGGUGGUGUUGCGAACCGGCCCCCCCCGGUCGCUACGGGACUAUACGGGGCUCCAGCGGGCGCAGGGGCCUCGGCAGGGGCCCGCGGGGGGGUGCAGCACGGUAGGAGCCAGGCGGGGGCGCUGCUGGUCAGCCAGGCGGGCGCGGAGAGUCACUCCACCAUCGGGAGCAGCAGCAGCACAGCCCUGGGGAGAGCAGAGAACCAAACUAUAAACAGAGCAGCUGAUUCUACAACACUGAAGACUCCCACACAGGUUGUAAGGAGUGCUAUUAUUGACCUCACAGAUGAUGAUGACGAUGUUCAAGUGACGGGAGUCAGAAAAGCCCCCCCUGCCGUGAACCAAACCCCCCCCUCCUCCCUCCUCGGCCCCCUCUCCUCCGUGCCUCCCCCGCCCCCUCACCCUGGGCACCCUCCACUCCAGCAGGGGCUGGCCUGCCCUGCAGGUGCUGGCGACCCUGCGACCACCACCAUGCAUGUGGCUGCCCACGGUCAGAUUGAGACCAUCCUUGAACUUGCAGAGACUGUCCGGACUCUGUCCUUCAGACUGCGGCCUGCGGGGGGACCACGGACCCCCCUCUCCUCUCAGGGGGUCUUCACUCCUCAGCUGCCCUCCACACCCGGGGGGGGCAACAGCAGGGCAGUCGGCGCACAGCAGGGGCAAAACAGACAGGGUAGCCCCCAGUCUACAGGGCUCCCAGUGCGAGCGAACCCCCAGACCAGUCCCUACGCGCUCAACGGACCCCAACUCACAGUCCACCACCGCGGUCUGCAGAGAGAGACCCUCCCCACGCUCCCCCCCCACCUCCACUCCUCCUCCUCCCCCCCACCCCUCCUCCUGCCCCCCCUCCACCCCGCCCCCGGGGGGAGGGCCCCCCCAGCUCCCCCCCCGGAGAGGGGCCUCCCCGAAGCUCUCGCCCACGAUCCCCUCCUCAGAGAACCCACCUUCACGUCUCGGCCUGCUUCGACGGAGUGCGCGGCUGUGGACAGCUACCACCUGUACGCUUACCACCAGGACCCUUCCUCCUCCUCCUCCUCCUCCUCCCCUCCCUCCUCGCAGUGGAAGAAGAUCGGGGAGGUGAAGGCUCUGCCUCUCCCCAUGGCCUGCACGCUCACUCAGUUCGUUUCUGGCAGCAAGUACUACUUUGCCGUCCGUGGGAAAGACAUCUAUGGGAGAUUCGGGGCGUUCUGCGAACCCCAGUCGACCGACGUGAUCGCCACGCAGCAGCCGGGGAGCUGAGGGGAGACGAGAGGGGGGCCUGGGGGAGAGGGAACUGAAAUUAAGAGUCCCAGUUGGUGGUAGCAGUGGGAUAUUUUAGACAGAUCGAUCAAAGAUGGGAAUCGGACUCCUAUUGCACAGCAGUGUGAUCCAGUCCAGGUUUCACUGCUACCAGCUUGAUCAGCCCCCAGUG